GGUAGAGCGGCACCAGAGGGGCGGGCGCCUUCAGGCGCGGGAGAGGCGGGAGUGGCGGGCUCAAGUGGGGAUUGUAACCGUCGCCCGCCCGCCUACUCACCCACCCGCCUGUUUGCCCACGGCGUCUUCGCUCGACACCCACCAAGAAGCAAAAGGACAUCGGUUCCGUCUGGUGGAUGCCAAAAUGCAGCUGCAUAAGCAAGAUGUGGUGAGCUGUUUCUGACAGAGUGAAGUCACAAAGAAAGAGCUAGCAGCAGCUGUCUGGGAGCCCUCAGCCUUCCCUGGCUUCCAGGGUGUUUUCCACUUCCUAGGAGCAGCAAUGGAAAAGCCUGCAGGCAGGAAAAAGAAGACCCAGGCCCCAAAGGAGGAAGCAGGGGUGCCAAAGGCCACUGUCAAAGGAGAGAAAGCAUCCAAGGCAAAAAAGCCAACCAAGAGGUCAGCGAGGCCCCGGAAGCCCCGCAAACAGCCUGUCCUGAGUCCCGAAGAUGAGGCGCAUAUCUUUGAUGCCUUUGAUGCCUCAUUUAAAGAUGACUUUGAGGGCGUCCCCGUGUUUAUUCCUUUUCAGAGGAAGAAACCCUACGAGUGUGGUGAAUGCGGACGAAUCUUCAAACACAAGACAGACCACAUCCGCCACCAGAGAGUUCACACUGGAGAGAAGCCCUUUAAGUGUGAUCAGUGUGGGAAGACCUUCAGGCACAGCUCAGACGUCACCAAACAUCUGAGAAUCCAUACUGGUGAGAAGCCCUUUAAAUGUGGGGAGUGUGGGAAGGCCUUCAACUGUGGCUCCAAUCUUCUGAAGCACCAGAAAACGCACACUGGAGAGAAGCCUUACGGCUGCGAGGAAUGUGGAAAAACCUUCGCCUACAGCUCCUGCCUCAUCCGGCAUCGGAAACGUCAUCUGAGGAAGAAGCACUGAGAGGGGCAGCCUGCAACUAUGGAUCUUUGUCAAACGUCAGAUGUUGGUCUAGGUUUCUCAUGCAGUAUGCUACUGAUGGCUUGUUUGGCUGCCGUGUCUCUGACAUCAGAAGGAAAUUUCACCUAUCAGACGUGAGAACCCACAGAGGCUUUCUGCCCUGUGAGUCUACACUUGGUGGUAACACGGUGCUCCCUGGGGGCUUACUGCAGCUCCAGCCAUUUUCCAGACUACUUCAUCCUACUCAGGGGCAUCUUUGGGACAGCGUUGGGUCACCAAGAACUUAUAGCUAAAGUGACACCCUGCUAGGCUAGGGCCACUGCCUCCCUCUGGCCUCUGCUGGCUCCAUCCACUACACAUCUGUCAGUUCACUUGAAGGCGCCUGGCUCUGGAUGCCCGGCCCAUGCAGUCUGCUGGGGGCAAGGGACUCUAAGGUGGAUGGAUGGCAGGCAGCACUCUGACAAGCUCUGAGGACCCAGGUCCCCUUGGACUAUACUAGAGUUUGCUCAUCUCUGGGCAGCUGACUGAAGUGGUCCUGAAAUUGCUCUCUUCUGGCUGAGCCAAUAGUCUCUGAGCUCAGCCCCAGUGCCUGAACCUGUACUGCACUGUGUACCCUUGUCCCAGCCACUGUCAUAGACAAGGAGCCUGGAUCCACCCAGAGUGGCUGCAGUGGACCCCUGCACCCUACCAUGGUGGCAGAGUGUGUAGAUUAGGUCUUGUGGCUUCUCACCACUGUACCCUCUGAAACAAGUGACCCGGCCCCAUGGCAGCCUGCCAUUUAGAUCAGUUCCACGUCCUGCCUGUCACCAGGACAAGGUGAUAUGGUUGUGCCUGCCCUCUGUCCCAGGUGCUUUAUGAGGUCUGUGUUCUGAGGACAGCAAAGUGACUGCUGACCAGAAGGAUGCAUAGGACAGGGCCCAGACACAGAAUGCCAUGUAGUCACAUAUUCGCCUCAGGUUGGCCCCGGAAGACACCUGCAGCAGUGUCUAGGUGGCAGAGUCCAGUCAUCCCUCCAGCAGACAGGCUGCUAGUACAGAUCUCCCCGGCAAGGAACUUAGAGAAGUCAAGAGAGUCAGUGUCUACCUCCACCACAGGGCACUGCAGAUGCCCGCUGGGGUCAUGCACCAGGGAGGCUGUCAUCACAGAAUCCACUGGCAACUGGAAAUCUGUAGAAAGAUGAGCUCAGGGAGGCCUUUUGGAUGCCAUGGGGUGACUCCAGGACAUUUGGACUUGUUCCCACCCUGAAGUUAAGAUGGCCACAUCACAUCAUUCAUGAGCGACCAUUAGCUCUGGCCCACUGUCAACCGGCUGGAGAAUCCCCGGCACCAGCUCUUUCUUUCGGUGAAAUGCUCUGAACAGCCACCUGGGUCAGACUAAAUGUUCAGAACCUUCUAGAUGUCCUGAGCUGUGUCCUGGGCAAUGACGAGCACUCCAGCAAUGUAUUGGUAUUCUAAUUGCAGAAGCAUACUCAACUGCAGCCAGAAACUUCUGAGACGUGCAAGGCUGCCACACGCGAUGGGCCUUGUCCUGCAGGAAGGCUCUGACAGCACGGCUGCUGCUCAGCCUCACUUGGAGCAGAAGCACUGCCAGGGCCUGACAACAAGCAACCAAGAGCUCUGAGCUCCACUGGCAUCCAUUCCUUUAGUCUCCUCCCAACCAGGUGAGAAAUCAGGAGCCACUCUAGGGAGAGUCAGAAGUAGCCCUGGACUGGGCCAGGACCAUUGGUCAGCCUUGACUCUAGCUGGCAACUUCAGCUCCUGGAAGUCUGUAGUUCCAGGGCACACUUGGGCUCCACUCCUUCAUCUUUGGAUCUAUUCCAGUUUGCCAUCAAGACACAAGCAUUUCCUGUGCCAAUGAGUUAGGACACCAAGAUGCCCUGAAGAGGAGGAAGAAAGACUGUGUGCCCUGACUCAAGGGACAGAUGCGCUGUGGCUUCUAGGGAAGAUGCGGGGCGAGGGUCACCUCUGGUGUGGACCCCCGGCACAGUGCAGACAAGGAGACUAGCCUGUGUGCCAUAUUUCCCCUUAGGCCACGAGACGGCUCUUCCUGCCAGCCUACCCUUCCGAACAUUGUGCCUGUGGAGUUGAAUGUUUGCCUUUUCCUGGUUCCUUCUCAAGGAAGACAGUAGAUUGCCCUCUCCUGACUCAAAUCCCCUGGGACUGAUGCUUUCAUGGGGCAGCUCCCAGCCAACACCUAGGUGAGGCAUUGCUCUGCAGCUGGGCCUGCAGUCAUUUGGCUCUGGACCUUCUGAGGGUUCUUGGCACCCGUGAACUGUUAGCACCCAGCUGGCCUGUCCACACCUCACCUUGGCCACAUGCUGGAGCCUCAUCUUCUAUCUGGCUGGUGCAGAGACACCUGUGUGUCCUCAUGCCCCAUACACUCCUUGCAGGGUAUAUCCCGCCCUGCUGUGCUAAACUGCAGUGAGUGGUGAAUCCUUUUUGAGGGCUGCAGCUGCAGCCCGUUGUGUUGUAGCAGAUGCUCUUCCCAGUCUGGUGUUUGUGUCGCAGUUGUUAACUCUUCCUUUCAUGUAAACCAUCCUUGGUGCUGUGUCAGUGUUGUGCACAUUGGACUAGACGUUUUGUUUUGCUGUGCACUCGGUGGCCUCCUUCGUGCGUGACCCCUCUGCUCCAUGGACACCUGCACUGAUCUCCACAUUGCCUUGCAGGAGCUGCCAUGGUUUUGUGAGCAGAUGCUGUUGCUGCUGCUACUGGAUGUCUAUUUUCUCAUAAAAGUAAAUGUGUUUCCAACCUG